AUGGGUUUAACCGAACCUAUAGUUGUUUCUGGUCCUUCUGGUUAUAUCCUUGAAGAUGUUCCUCAUUUGUCUGAUUACAUUCCUGAUCUUCCAACAUAUCAUAAUCCUUUGCAAGACAAUCCUGCUUAUUCAGUUGUUAAGCAAUACUUUGUGCAUGUUGAUGACACAGUUCCUCAGAAGGUUGUUGUUCACAAAGACAGUCCAAGGGGGACACAUUUUCGUCGUGCUGGACCGCGCCAGAAGGUGUACUUUGAAUCAGAUGAAGUUCAAGCUGCUAUUGUUACAUGUGGAGGUCUAUGCCCUGGACUCAACACUGUGAUAAGAGAAUUAGUUUGUGGCUUACACCACAUGUAUGGUGUGACUCGAGUUCUCGGAAUCGAGGGAGGAUAUAAGGGCUUCUACUCUCGCAAUACAAUUGCUUUAACUCCUUCUAGUGUUAAUGGUAUACAUAAGCGUGGAGGAACUAUUCUCGGUACUUCGCGAGGUGGACAUGACACCAAUAAGAUUGUUGAUAGUAUUCAAGAUCGCGGAAUCAAUCAGGUUUAUAUAAUUGGAGGAGAUGGAACUCAGAAGGGCGCAUCUGUAAUUUUUGAGGAAGUCAGAAGACGUGGUCUGAAAUGUUCGGUUGUAGGAAUUCCCAAAACCAUCGAUAACGAUAUCCCGAUUAUAGAUAAGUCCUUUGGCUUUGACACUGCUGUUGAAGAGGCUCAACGUGCUAUAAAUGCCGCACACGUUGAAGCUGAAAGUGUCGAAAAUGGUAUCGGUGUCGUCAAGCUGAUGGGUCGAGACAGUGGAUUUAUUGCGAUGUAUGCUACUCUUGCAAGUAGAGAUGUCGACUGUUGCUUGAUUCCGGAGUCACCGUUUUACCUCGAAGGUCCUGGUGGACUUUAUGAAUAUAUAGAAGAAAGACUAAAGGAAAAUGGUCACAUGGUUAUUGUGAUUGCUGAAGGAGCAGGACAGGAACUCCUUUCCGCGAGCAUGCAAUCUGACAAAAAAAAGGAUGCUUCUGGAAACAAGGUUCUUCUAGAUGUUGGGCUAUGGAUAUCUCAAAAUAUUAAGGAUUAUUUUGCCAGAGAGAAGACGCUGGCCAUAACUCUCAAAUAUAUAGAUCCAACCUAUAUGAUUCGAGCUGUUCCAAGUAAUGCAUCUGACAACGUGUACUGCACACUUCUUGCUCAAAGUGCUGUUCAUGGCGCAAUGGCAGGUUACACUGGCUACACUAGCGGACUUGUCAAUGGAAGACAAACUUAUAUACCAUUCUAUAGAAUCACGGAGAGGCGGAAUAAUGUUGUGAUAACUGAUAGAAUGUGGGCCAGGCUGUUAUCUUCGACAAACCAACCAAGCUUUAUAAAUGUCGAGGUUUCCAAUGAAGACGAAAAUGGCAAAAACUCAUUGGACCAGUUAGCAGAUGGACAUUGUUUGGAGGACACUUUGGUUGAUGAAAACGGCAGCAUUUCCACCGCAAUUGCUUGCUGA